AUGAAUAACAGUCGUAUACCGAAUAGUAAACCAUCCGCUAAUUCGUUAUUUCCACCGCCAAAUUCGGCUCAAAGGGUUUCGGGUAAUCUGUCAGGUGGUGGAACCCAAAGACAGAAAGUAGCAUUAAAGCCAGGUCAUUCCCCACUAGAUUGGGCUCAUCUAAAUUCCACUACACCAUUUCAUAUAUUAAGGGGUGUACCACAACAAACACCACCGCCACAAUAUGUUAAGGUGACUGAAGAUCAGUUAAAAAUGCAUAAAACUAAGGAAGAUUGUUGGACUUGCAUCAAUGGGAAGGUGUUCAAUAUUACUCCUUACAUAGACUUUCAUCCGGGAGGUGUUAAUGAAAUCAUGAAAUGUGCUGGGAGAGAUGGUACUGUACUAUUUAAUAAAUACCACAGUUGGGUUAACGCUGAUAGAAUGCUAGAAAAGUGUCUUAUAGGAAUCCUAGUUAAUAACUGA